AGACUCAGGCCCCGCCUUGGGGGAGGAGCCGAGAGCAGAGCCCAGGCUCGCGGCCGAGAAGAGCUGGCUCUGUAUCCUCGCGAGCUGCUGCAGCUUGGGGUCCUACGGACCGAGCCAGGGCCGGGAGCCGCCCGGGGCAGAGCCCCGGAGAGCGGCCCCACCAUGAGGCCCCAGCCCUUUGGGUGCCCGCGCGUGCCCCUGGCCCCGGGCGCACCGUGCUAGCCCCACCAGGGCUUGGGGACCCGCGGUGGCCAUGGCCAGCCACGUGGACCUGCUGACCGAGCUGCAGCUGCUGGAGAAGGUGCCCACGCUGGAGCGGCUGCGCGCCGCACAGAAGCGCCGGGCCCAGCAGCUGAAGAAGUGGGCGCAGUAUGAGCAGGACCUGCAGCACCGCAAGCGCAAGCACGAGCGGAAGCGCAGCGCUGGUGGCCGCCGCAAGAAGGUGUCCUUCGAGGCCAGCGUGGCCCUGCUGGAGGCGUCGCUGCGCAACGAUGCCGAGGAAGUGCGCUACUUCCUGAAGAAUAAGGUUAGCCCUGAUUUGUGCAAUGAGGAUGGACUCACAGCCCUGCACCAGUGUUGCAUUGACAACUUUGAGGAAAUCGUCAAGCUGCUUCUCUCCCAUGGUGCAAAUGUGAACGCCAAGGACAACGAGCUGUGGACGCCUCUGCAUGCUGCAGCCACCUGCGGCCACAUCAACCUGGUGAAGAUCCUCGUCCAGUAUGGGGCUGACUUGCUCGCUGUCAACUCCGAUGGGAACAUGCCAUAUGACCUCUGCGAGGAUGAGCCCACCCUGGAUGUCAUCGAGACCUGCAUGGCGUACCAGGGCAUCACCCAGGAGAAAAUUAAUGAGAUGCGGGCUGCUCCUGAGCAGCAGAUGAUCACCGACAUCCACUGUAUGAUUGCAGCAGGCCAGGAUCUUGACUGGAUAGACGCCCAGGGUGCCACACUGCUACAUAUAGCCGGAGCCAAUGGAUACCUGCGGGCAGCUGAGCUCCUCCUGGACCAUGGAGUGCGUGUAGAUGUGAAAGACUGGGAUGGCUGGGAGCCCCUACAUGCUGCUGCCUUCUGGGGACAGAUGCAGAUGGCAGAGCUGUUGGUGUCCCAUGGGGCUAGUCUCAGUGCCAGGACAUCCAUGGAUGAGAUGCCAAUAGACCUGUGUGAGGAGGAGGAGUUCAAGGUCCUACUGCUGGAGCUCAAACACAAGCAUGAUGUGAUCAUGAAGUCACAGCUGAGGCACAAGUCGUCCCUGAGCCGGAGGACAUCCAGUGCAGGCAGCCGUGGGAAGGUGGUACGUCGAGCCAGCCUGUCGGACAGGACCAACCUCUACAGGAAGGAGUAUGAGGGGGAGGCCAUCCUGUGGCAGCAGCGGAGUGCAGCCGAGGACCAGCGCACUGCGACCUACAACGGGGACAUCAGGGAGACCAGGACAGACCAAGAGAAUAAGGACCCAAACCCCAGACUGGAGAAGCCCGUGCUGCUGUCAGAGUUUUCUACCAAGAUCUCACGGGGCGAACUGGAUGGGCCCAUUGAGAAUGGCCUCCGGGCUCCGGUCAGCGCCUACCAGUAUGCACUGUCCAACGGGGAUGUCUGGAAGGUGCACGAGGUGCCUGACUACAGCAUGGCCUACAGCAGCCCUGUCGUGGCUGACACCACCCCACCGUGGAGUGGCUUCAAGGAGCAGAGCCCCCAAACGCUGCUGGAGCUGAAGCGACAGCGGGCUGCAGCCAAGCUGCUCAGCCACCCCUUCCUGAGCACCCACCUGGGCAGCAGCAUGGCCAGGUCAGGGGAGAGCAGCAAUGAAGGCAAGGCACCCUUGAUUGGGGGCAGAACUUCACCCUACAGCAGCAACGGGACCUCGGUGUAUUACACAGUCACUAGUGGGGAUCCCCCACUCUUAAAGUUCAAAGCCCCCAUAGAGGAGAUGGAGGAGAAAGUCCAUGGCUGCUGCCGCAUCUCCUAGUCUCCUCGUGUGGAGGAGAGAGAUGCCUCGGGGAGGGGUCCCUGGAAUCUGGGCUAGUCUGACAGCUCUAGCUGGGGAGGCAUCAGAGGGCAGCUGGGAGAGGUGGGCUCUGCUUUCCAGAGGAACACUGACCCACCUCACACCCAGCUGUCCAUGCAGCCCCACUUCCCUUGGUUCUGCUUCCUGCUGCAUUGUCUGCCAUCAGAAACCUAGUGACCCCCACUCAUUCUGCUGCCCAAUUUGGGGAGUUCAGCUUGGCAUCCCAGUUCUAUUAUGGUAAAGGCUUCCUGGGAUCAGUACUUCCAUGUCUCACACACACACACACACACACACACACACACACACCACCACCACCACCACCACCACCACCAUCACCAUCACCACCACCCACACAUAUUCUCUCUCACAAUCAUUGCACACAUGUAAGGAUGACACACUUGGGCUCAUGGGAAGCAGGUCAGACUAAACUGUAUGGGCUGUUCCCAAAGGGAUUGAGGUGAAGAAAUCUCAGCACCACUGCCAUGCCAUUUAAACAGGGGAGACCCACAGUCCUACUUAGAGUCACAUCAUCCACCACCAUCCACACCUGGCAAGGACAAGAGAUCCUCUCUGUGUUCAAAGGAGCCAGCAAUCUGUGUGAGUUAGAUGCGACAUGCAAGGCCUGGCCCUGCAGCUUUGCUGAGAACUGCUUUUCUGUCUCACAUCAGAAGGCCGAAGCUGUGUGAACCACUGAAGGGCCAGAAAAUAUCGAGGCAGGAGAGGGGUGCAGCAAAAUCAGUCUUUCCAAAACUUCCUUUGGUAAAACCAUUCUUUUAGCUAGUAAACUGCAGGUGGAAGGAAACUAAAUUUGCCUUCUCCCAGAAGUGUCACACCAGGUUCUUUUGGCUGGUGUUGGAAAAAAGUGAAGCUCAGUGAGGAGCUUUUGCUAGAGUCUUUUUCCUGGGAGAAAGGAGAGUUCACAUCUGAGAACAGCAGUGGUUGGCAAUGACAUAGCCAGGUGCCCUGACCAGUCUUGGCAAGAAAAGGCUGUUUUGAUCCAAUCCAUUUCAGCCAGCCCUCCUCAGUCUGAGCCAUCCCAGUCUGAGCCAUCCCAGUGAGCAGUUGGGGCCACCUGUGCCCCAUUCCUUGCACCUACUGUAUCUCUUGUCAGUCAUGUGUGCAGAGUUAAUGCUCCGAAUCCCAAGCUCAGCUUUGCCUUUUCUGGAAAACUUGGGGAGACAAGCUUGCUCUUUUAGUCCUGCCUGCCCUCAGGGCUUCCAGCCUGCUCCUGCUGGUGUUAUGACACUACAAGGCUGCGAAUCCAGAGUGCCCACAGCCAGCACCCCAUACUGCAACAAGGAGAGUAAUGGCAGGGCUGGAGGUAGGUCUCACCCCAACCCUCUAGUUCACAGCCCCAGUCUCCCUGAUACUGGGGAGGGUGAACCCCUGCCACCUCACUGUUGUAUUGUAUCAUGAGCAACUUAAAAGCUGCAGGUUUGUUCCCUGAUCUGUGCACCUUUAAUUUGUUCUAAAACUACCUCCUUAGAGUUCUGAAGGGCCCCUUAGGUCCAGAUUCUGAGGUGGAGAACAGAUCUGGGUGUCCUUUAACCUGCAUCUUCUUGAGCCUAUGGGAAAUUCUCCCUGAAUGGCACUUGGAAUAGGGCGGGCUUGAACAGGAAGAGUCUUACUUAUGCCACAGCCAUAGUAAUAGGGUCUGCCAUUUGGCAGCCUCAGUCCCCUAUUGUGGCCUUCUGUGUCCCCCAUACUCCAGAGGAAGCAGGACCUUAAGGAGCCUGGCUGAUGCUUUACUAGGAGUAGGGCAGCUAGUCCAGAGAAUAAGAUGGUGGCUGUUGGGGUCACAGGUGGUCUCCCAGCACCAGGCCACCUCCACCCCAACUCAGUGGAGAGACAGUACAGGAAGCGAAAUACAGGUAUAUGUGGUACCAGAUGCAUCCCUGGGCCUGGGGUGGGUGCUCCAUCAUCUCAGCCUAUAGGUGAAGCAUAGAUGCUCCAUAACAUGUGUGGUUUGGCUUUAAAAGUCUUCAGACCUGAGUGGUGCUGAAAUGCCCCUGGAGCUGACUUCAGCUACAAGGUGGGAAGUGCCGAGGGCAGCCACAUGCUCUCAAGAGACAAUAUUCCCUGAGGAAAAGGACCAAAAACAAGGCAGGCCUCCAGGCCACUCCUUCUUUCCCUCUUCUUCCUGACUUCUGGGCCUUUACUCUCCACUCCGAGAGCUGGGAAUCCCUGCUGAUCCCUACCUGAUCCCUCUCCCAGGAAAUGGCCUCAGAUGGAGGUGACCGCCAGGUUUUUAAGUUCAUAUUUUUCAUCAGGGAUAAGUGCUCCCUGGUAGGAUUUCAGGUCCUUGGGGAGCCUUCCCUGAAUAUUGAGGGAUAAGUUAGAGAAGUUCCAAUGAAAUUCCAAGGUCAGGGUCAUCUAUUUAUUCACUGAUAAUUUACUGAGUAGCUGUGACACACCAAGCACUAUGUUAGAUAAAAAAGGAACAGGACCCAGUGAGAACCCCUCUUUCCAGUUUUCACCCCUUGAGGACCAUGGGCAUUUGCAGCCUUGCCCAGUUCAUCUGAGCAAAGCACUUUUUCAGUUCCUGGAAUUCUUAAGUGUGUGAAUUCCUUUCUCUAGGAAACAGCUUCAUGACCACCCUUGGAUAACAUUUGCCAUGAAGUGCAGGUGCUAGAUCUUGGGUUCCAGGCAGACACCAUCCCAGGUCCAUCUGGAACCUUCAGGGAUAGCUGCCUGCAGGGCAGUAUCUUGAGGGACAGUAUAAUAGCAGUCUGAGGUCUGCAUGUAGAAGAGUUAAGUAAUCUGCCAUUUGUUGCCAGAUACAUCUCUAUUGUCUUUUGCUCAUUUUUGCUUAUCUAUUACCCUUACUGCACUCCCUACACAUCAAGGGAUAUUAGGGGAGAAAACAGCUGCUCCUUUUAACAUUAAGUCCUUCCCCACAAAUCAGCCUCUUUCCGUGGUAGGUGUGGAUCAAGGAUCUGGGAGAAGCCUGGUAAGGUUGACCAGAUUCUCAGCUCCUGCUGUGACCUAGCCUGGUGGCAAUUCCUGGCAGAUUUUGGAGGCCACUUCCAAAGUAGGUGCCAUAUUGCUCAGUGUGAGAUCUGGCUGUUGUUUCCAUCUUAUGCCUCAAACCAUUGGAAAUUCAUGGCUAUCGUUAGAUUGUGAGUUUCUGGCCAGUAGCUCAGGGAAUCUGAACUCUAGACCCAGGUCAGCUGAAAACUUUGAAAUAUAGUUUUCCAUCAGGUAUGCAGCUCUGCACUGUUUGAUCAAUUUCAAUGGAUCUAUUGGCUUCAAGGUUAAUCGGUGUGGCCCCUGUCUUGGUCCACCAGUGUACUAGCUUUGUAGUAACAUGAGAUUCUUGGUUCUUGAUGUCAGACACUGAUCCCGGGCUCCCUCUCCAAGCUGGUCUCCCAGAGCAAGACACAGGAAUACUUCGCAGAAAGGGGCUCCUUACAAGUGUCACUGAAGCACUGUAUGUAACCUUUGUUAUUUGUAGCCUGGGACAGCUUCCCCUCCCCCAGCACACAGAAAAGCAAUGGGUCUUGUGAUCAGUAGACAGCUCUGCAGAAGUGACUUCCCUUGCCAGAAGCUUUAUCCCUCUCCUCCCCAGAAAUCCCUUUUUGACCAGAGGGGUUCUUCCCAUGGGCAUCGCAAGUGCCACGAUGCGGGGCCUGGCUCUGCACACCUAGGAAAGUCUGCAGACCUCCAGUCCCCGCAAUAACUCACCAGACCAGAAGCCACUGAUGUACAGAGAACACUUAAGAAAAAUGUAUUUUAUGUGAAAAAAAAAAGUUAAAACUCUGUAUACUGUAUCAGCAGCUUUGUGUAAAAAUGGCAAUCAAGAGAGUCUAAUAUAUUUAAAACUUUUUUUAAAAAAUCCUCAUGGAUCUUUGAUAUUGUAUUGAAGUAACUUCCAGGGAGCUCCUGCCAAGUGGCAGGGGUGGACCUCAUGUCCAGGACAGACUUGGGCCACAUCCCAAAGGGACACAUUCCCCUGGAGUUGCUUCCAGCUGCCAAGGACUGUGAUGGAAUUCGCUGUUAAGAGUUUUUAAUUAAAAUUAUUAAAUUCCUUUUAAUAACA